GCGACUCCAACCCGUCCAUUUGUCUCCAAGCAAUCAUGCUCGAGGAAUCGAUGUCUGUGCCCUCCAUUUGGGCCUCCAUGUUCAGCUGGUGCACUCCGGCCGUCCUCUUCCUCUUCCUCAAUCUCAUUGUUGGCACCAUUUUCAUUACUUCCGGCUUCCUCUCCAACAAAUCCGGCGACACUGAACAGCAGAAGCAGCCAGACUCGCCGCACCGCCUCGCCAGAUCUCCCUCUAUUCUUCAAAGGCUCAAAUCUAUCAAUUUUCGUAAUUACAGAUCUCAAGAACCCAUCACUGGCUUUGAAAAAUCUCCCCAUCUGGAUGUCGAUUCCCAAUCUUUCUCUUUUCAGCAGACCCCGGAGCAGAAACCGCAAACUUUGCGGUCUAGAUCUCCGUCUAUGUUGCAAAGGCUCAAGUCGAUUAGCUUCUCCAAUUACAUAUCUCAAGAACCCACCUCUGAUUACCCGGAAACAGCCCCAAAAUCUGAUACCCAUUACCCGCCGGAGCAAACCUAUGAGCAAGACCAGCCCCAAAUUGAACAAGAAGAAGAAGUAAACGAAGAGAAGCAGCAAAUCGAAGAAGAAGAACAAAUAAUGGACCAGGUAUACAGUAAGCUGAAGGAAGCGGACGUCAAGAGGACCAAAUCCGACACCAAACCCGCAUCCGGUGAAAUACCCACAAAACUGCCUCAGAAGAUGAAGAAAUCGGCGAGCGCAAAGUCCGCGUUCUCGCACUCUGAGGAAGAAGACAUCGUCGAGAGUCGCCGACCGCAAACCGCGAGGGCAAGCAAGGCUAAAGUGUCGGAGGAGGACGACGAAGGGGUGGAUGCUAAAGCCGAUGAUUUCAUCAACAAGUUCAAGAAUCAGCUGAAGUUGCAGAGGAUCGAUUCCUUUAUCAGGAAUAGUGGAAGCGGAAAAUGAAGCAUAAUUAAAUUUGAAUUAUUUUUUUUUUCUAAUUUUAAUUUUUCCUGUUAAUUUUAGGGGGUUUAUUGGAAUGUAAUUUAAAUAUAGAUCUACUGUUUCUAAUUUCAGUUUCUAUAUCUGCAUCAUGUCAAUUUGUUGAGCUUUCGGUUAAAAAAUAUGCCAUUAAUUA